UCGUGGUGGCCAGCGGGCUGCGGGGAGCUCCGCCCGCCCGCGAACGGUGACAGCCAGCCCGCGCGGACCGCGGGGUUCGGUCCGGGAGGUCCAGACCCGCUCCACGGUGGCAGCCAUGUCUGUGAGGUUGCGCUUCCUGUCUCCUGGGGAUGCCGGGGCUGUGGGGACCGUGGGCCGCAGCGCCUCCUUCGCAGGCUUCAGUGCACAAAGCCGGAGGGUCUCAAAGUCCAUCAACAGGAACUCUGUGAGGUCACGGCUGCCAGCCAAGUCCUCCAAGGCUUACGGAACACUGCGUAAGGGCUCGCUCUGCCUGGACCCCCGGCCGCAGCAGGUGAAGAAGAUCUUUGACGCUGUGAAGAGAGGCCUCAGGGAGCACCUGUGUGAGCAGCAGGCUGAGCUGGAUUACCUGUGCGGUCGCCACACCGACACCCAGAGGAGCUCCAGGCUGGCUUUCUACUAUGACCUGGACAAGCAAACACGAUUGGUAGAAAGACAUGUCCGGAAGGUGGAGUUCCAUAUCAGUAAGGUGGAUGAGCUCUAUGAAGGCUACUGCAUCCAGUGGCGUCUGCGAGAUGGUGCCUCCAACAUGCAGCGUGCCUUUAGCAACGGUACCCAAAGCCGCGCCUCCCGGGAGAGCCUGCAGGAGCUGGGCCGCAGCUUGCAGGAAUGCAUGGAGGGCAUGUGUCUCAUAGAGGGGGCCUUGGAAGUUCACCUGGGAGAGUUCCAUGUCAAGAUGAAAGGCUUGGUGGGCUAUGCACGCCUCUGUCCCGGAGACCAGUAUGAGGUACUUAUGCGCCUGGGCCGCCAGCGGUGGCGGCUGAAGGGCCGGAUAGAGCCGGAUGACAGCCAGACCUGGGAUGAGGAGGAGAAGGCCUUUGUGCCCACCAUGCAUGAGAACCUGGAGAUCAAGGUGACUGAGCUUCGAGGCCUGAGCUCAAUGGUGGUGGGUGCUGUGACUUGCGACAUCGCUGACUUCUUCACGGCCCGACCCCAGCUUGUGGUGGUGGACAUCACUGAGCUGGGCACCAUCAAGCUGCAGCUGGAACUGUUGUGGAACCCCUUGGACUCUGAGUGCCGGCUGGUGUCACCCAGCCCCACUGGCAGGUUCUCAGUGGGCAGCAGGAAGGGCUCACUGUACACCUGGACACCACCUAGCACCCCCAGCUUCCGGGACAAGUACUGCCUGUCUGUCCUCCAGCAGCCAAUGCAGCAGGCCUUGCUGCUAGGUGGGCCUAGGGCCACCUCCAUCCUCGGCUACCUGUCUGACAGCGAGCUCCAGGGCCCUCGCCUGCGGAACCGGAGCCAGGAGCGACUCGAGAUGGACUCCUUCAGCUCUGAGGACCCCAGAGACACUGAAACCAGCACUUCGGCAUCCACUUCAGAUGUGGGGUUCCUGCCCAUACCUGCGGUACCUACGGCUUGCAUAGAAGAGGGGACCAGGGAGGAGCCCCCACCCCUGGGCCUGCUGCCAGGCCUGGCUCAUCCAGUCAGCGGUAUGCUUGUGGAACAGCCUGGCUGGAGGGACUUGGGAGGAGAGAGGCUGACUCUGCUGCGAGAUGCCCCAGUCCACAGCCCCAUGGUGCCACAGAACCAGAAGGGCCAGGAAGAAGGAGAUGGGGAUGGAGUUGAGAGGCCUGUGCAGGAGGUCCUGGAUCUGCUGCGGUCUGCAGACACUGCUCAGCCCCAGCUCCGGGAGCUGGAGUACCAAGUCCUUGGCCUCAGGGACCGGCUGAAGCCGCGAGGGGUGCAGCCGGAACCAGUGUCAGUGCAGAGUCUGAUGGAUUGUAUCCUGGAGAGCUUCGCCUUCCUGAAUGCCGACCUUGCCAGCGAUGAGCUGUCCCUGUUUGGGGGCUCCCAGGCUCCCGAGAAGGACAGUCCCCCGCCUCCUCGGCCGUCAUUGAAGGUGUCACCCAGCGAGCUCACAGCUGGUGUCCGGGAGCUGGACACACUGCUCACCGUCCACCUUCAAGUCUGCAAGGCCUUGCUUCAGAAGCUGGCCUCCCCUAAUCUAUCACGGAUGGUCCAGGACUGCCUCCUGGAGGAAGCAGAGCAGCAAAGGCAGGUUCUGGAAGUGCUUUCAGUCCUUGACUCGGAGCAGGUCAGCAAGGCCAGGUCGGUUGAAGAGAUCAUUCCACAGGUUCCUCACAAGAAGGGUGGCCUGGCAUUGUGGCAAGGAUGUACCCAGCCUGGCAGCGUCCUGGCUUGCCCUGCCUCCACACUCCUCAGCCAGCUCAAGAAAAUGUUCCUACACCGAGUCCGAGGGAAGUAUCCUGGCCAGCUGGAAAUAGUGUGUCGCAGGCUCCUGGAGCAGGUGGUUGGCUGUGGUGGGCUCUUGGCCACAGUGGGGCUUCAGGAAGAACAGAUGGUCACCUGGUUCCAGUUCCACAGCUACCUGCAGCAGCAGAGCGUCUCUGACCUGGAGAAACACCUCAUCCAGCUCUCCAAGGAAGUUACUCUCAUCGAGGAGCUGCACUGUGCGAGUCCAGCCAAGGGCUUGAGGAAGCUGCAUGGGAAACGCCUGGGCCAGCUGCAGCCCCUGCCCCAGACUCUUCAAGCCUGGGCCCUGCUACAGCUGGAUGGACCGCCAAGGCUGUGCAGGGCUGCCAGAUCACGCCUGGCUAGUGCAGCCAGGAAUAGGCGCUUCCGGGAAAAGGCUCUGCUGUACUACACCAACGCCUUAAACGACAGUGACACCAAGCUCCAGCAGGCAGCGUGCAUGGCGCUGCAGCAGCUUGGGGGUAUUGAAAGCAUUGAACAAAUUGCCAGCCUGUGUCGGUCGGACCUGGAGGCUGUGCGAGUGGCAGCGCGGGAAGCAACACUAUCAUUUGGUGAGGAGGGCCGCCUAGCUUUUGAGAAGAUGGACAAGCUCCAGUCAGAACAAGAACUCUACCAGGAAGCAGAUGUUGAAAUCACAAUUUUCUAAGCUGUGAUCAAUGAGCUCCAAGCCAGCACCUUUCUUCCUUGAUGCUUCCCAGCUUCCAUAGGGCGCGUUUUGAACUGAGCACCCUACGCACUCCCUCACAAGUGUGAGCUGGGUCAGCACCCAGCCCAAGGGCACAGUGCUGUAUUCCCAGAGCAGGAAGAAGGGGUAUGUGGGACCUCCAAGGAUGUGGCCUACACCAAAUGCUGUUUUUGCUUGUCUUGCCUUCCUGGGGUGCAGUGUCAGGGGCAGCUGGUGCUGGCUGAGGAUCAAAGGAUCAAAGACAGACAUGCAUGGAAUGUGAGCUCCCUGCAUUCCCUCUGGGACAACUAGCCAGUGGUCAGGCCCACUUCUGACACAUGCCAACUUGCUGCCCGUUAGAUGGAUUGCUUCAGAAGCCAGAGAUGAGGUGAGGUUUUCAUUGAGGUGGCUACGGAGGCACACAAUGGGUUUCCUACUUGAGUGGGGAAAACACUUGAAACUGGGCAUCUGAGAUGUCCGUGAGAGGCCGAGUGGCUCUCAGGGCUGACUUAGACACCCCCAUUUAGUUACGUGGACCAUGUGUGCUGACUUAUUUUGAUAUUUAUUUGUCUCAUUCAUGUUCAUUCUCUAAAAUCUCAAUUAAAACCUCUGUAGUGUA